AACCCCAGGAUCAUCGGAGGGAGCCCCACAUUUCUGAUACUCCUCCUUCUCAGCCUUCCAGCUUCAAGCGGCCCCAACAACAACAGAAGACAGCUAUCUCUCCUACAUUUCCAAUACCAGCCCAGCUCAUUUUGGAAUCCUCAGAUGAACACUGGCCUUGACCAUUGAGAUUUCUCUAAGACCUUCAUGUAUGUUCAGUUUGUUGCCCACCUGCAAAGGUAGGCGUGCUUGCAAAAGUUUCCCCUCACUGCGAGUCUGUUACCAAUUCUUCUCAUCAGCUACUAAUUCAUUGCCUUCUGUAUCGGAUGGCUUUGGAACUGAGAAAAAAAGAACUGAUUUCGGUCUUCUAUUUCAAUCCUGCACAAAACUUCACCAUGCGAAGUGUCUCCAUGCUUUUCUUGUGGUGUCAGGAAAAGCUCAAGAUAUUAUUUUUUCCUCCAGGCUAGUCAAUCGGUAUGCCUACCUUGGUGAUGUUUCAUUCUCACGCCGCACUUUUGAUUCAAUGCCUAGAAAGGAUGUCUAUACCUGGAAUUCAAUGGUGUCUGCAUAUGUUCGCAGUGGACGUUUCCGAGAAGCUGUAGACUGUUUCUCUGAUUUUUUGUUGACCCCUGGUCUGCGACCUGAUUUCUACACUUUUCCUCCUGUCUUGAAAGCGUGUGGGAAUCUAAAUGUUGGGAAGAAGAUACACUGUUGGCUUAUAAAGCUGGGUUUGGAAUGGGAUGUCUUUGUGGCUGCUUCCUUGAUCCAUAUGUAUUCACGGUUUGGAUUUAUUAGCGUUGCUCAUAAAUUGUUUGAUGAGAUGCCAUUCCGGGAUAUGGGUUGUUGGAAUGCAAUGAUUUCUGGGUUUUGUCAGAAUGGGAAUGCAGCAGAUGCAUUAGAUGUCUUGAUUGAAAUGAGAUCGGAGGGUGUAAAGAUGGAUCCUGUAACUGUUGCAAGUCUACUGACUGCUUGUGCACAAUCAGAUGAUUCCUUAAGUGGAAUGCUGAUUCAUUUGUAUGUCAUAAAGCAUGGACUAGAGUUUGAUCUGUUCGUAUGCAAUGCCUUGAUUAACAUGUAUGCUAAAUUUGGUUGCUUGGGACAAGCACACAGGGUUUUUUAUGAAAUGCAUGUAAGAGAUUUGGUGUCAUGGAACUCAAUAAUUACUGCAAAUGAGCAGAAUGAUGAGCCGAUGACUGCACUUGGAUUCUUGAACAGGAUGCAACUAUCUGGAGUUAAGCCUGAUUGGUUAACACUAGUGAGUUUGGCUUCCAUUAUAGCUCAAUUAAAUGAUGCUGAAAUGAGUAGGUCUGUUCAUGGAUUCAUUUUGAGGAGAGAUUGGUUCAAGGAAGAUGUUGUUAUUGGAAAUGCAGUUGUGGACAUGUAUGCAAAGUUGGGUGCUAUAGAUUCCGCACGUACUGUUUUUGAAGGACUUCCUGUCAAGGAUGUGGUUUCAUGGAAUACUUUGAUCACAGGUUACACUCAAAAUGGUCUUGCAAGUGAGGCGAAUGAAGUGUACUGUAUGAUGCAAGAGUGCAAAGAAAUAAUUCCAAACCAAGGAAGUUGGGUUAGCAUUCUACCAGCAUAUACCCAUUUAGGGGCCUUGCAACAAGGGAUGAGAAUUCAUGGGCGGGUGAUCAAGAACUGUCUCUACUUGGAUGUAUUUGUGGGUACCUGCUUGAUUGACAUGUAUGGAAAAUGUGGGAGACUAGAUGAUGCAUUAUCAUUAUUCUACCAAGUGCCCAGAAUGAGUUCAGUCACUUGGAAUGCCAUGAUUUCCUGUCUUGGAGUUCAUGGGCAUGGUGGGAAAGCUGUGAAGCUAUUCAAAGAUAUGAUAGAUGAGGGGGUCAAGCCAGAUCAUGUAACCUUUGUAUCUCUAAUGGCAGCUUGUAGUCAUUCAGGUUUGGUCAAUGAGGGUGAAUUGUACUUUCAUAUAAUGCAGAAAGAGUAUGGAAUCAAGCCUGGUUUAAAGCACUACGGCUGCAUGGUAGAUUUACUUGGCAGAGCUGGGCAUUUAGACAAGGCAUAUAGUUUUAUUAAGACUAUGCCUGUACAGCCUGAUGCUUCUGUUUGGGGGGCACUACUUGGUGCUUGUAGAAUACAUGGGAAUGCUGAAUUGGGGAAAAUUGCUUCAGAAGGCUUGUUUGAAGUUGAUUCGGAGAAUGUGGGCUACUAUGUUUUGUUGUCAAAUAUAUACGCAACAACUGGGAAAUGGGAAGGUGUGGAUAAAGUGAGAUCUAUGGCUAGAAACCGCAGACUGAGGAAGACUCCCGGGUGGAGCUCAAUAGAAGUUAACAAUAAAGUUGAUGUGUUUUAUACUGGAAACCAAACGCAUCCAUUAUGCGAACAGAUAUACCAGAAGUUGAGGGAACUAACUGAGAAAAUGAAGAGCCUUGGUUAUGUUCCGGACUUCAGCUUUGUGUUGCAGGACGUCGAGGAUGACGAGAAAGAGCAUAUCCUCAUGAGUCAUAGUGAGAGAUUGGCGAUUGCUUUUGGAAUCAUUAGCACGCCUCCUAAAACUCCCAUUCGGAUCUUCAAGAACCUGAGGGUUUGCGGUGAUUGCCACAAUGUGACGAAACUCAUAUCAGUAAUUACGGAGAGGGAGAUCAUUGUGAGGGAUUCAAACCGUUUCCACCAUUUCAAGGAUGGAACUUGCUCUUGUGGGGAUUAUUGGUGAAAAUGAGAAUCAAAUAGAACAGUUGUGGCAUGGUCAAAUAUACAGAGGUUUGGACCAAAAAAGAAAAUGUACAAGAGGCUCCAACUGCAACCAAUUGAUGCUUAGAUGUGAAGGGAAGCCAGCAACAAGCAGCAUUAGCUGUUGAUGAUUUGGCUUCUACCUCAAUUGUGACUCAUUCGCAAUUGCCAGCUUGUUUCCAGUCACAUUGCUUCACUUUGACAUCAUGAGAAAAGGAAAAGAGAACCAGAAUCCUACUAGUUUUUGUUUUACAGAUAGUUUACUAGAAUAAAAUAAUUCUGCUCUGAGGUGGCAACCAACUAACCUAUUAUCUAUAACAACGUUUCCCCCCAAAUCCACUCCCCCUAAUAUUACUAGGAAAUCGACGAAGCUGCGUACAAUAGUGGCGAGUUCAUGGCAAACCCUCACGCACCACCGCCUCGACCUCUCUACAAGCAGAACUCCUGGUCGCCGGACAUACUCCGUGAGGAGACAUGGCAGCGUCAGAAGAGCAAUUGGGGUACGCGGAGUCUCAACCGCAGCAAAAGCGUUUCAGACGAUGACUUGGAGGAACUAAAAGCCUGCAUUGAGCUGGGGUUCGGGUUUGAUUCGCCAGAAAUCGACCCCAAACUCUGCCGCACCUUACCUGCAUUGGAGUCUUACCAUGCUUUAAACAAGCAGCGGUUUGGUAAAAGCGUAUCAACAGGAGGGGAUGAUGCGGAGGUGGUGAAGAUGAGGUUAAAGCAGUGGGCGCAAUUGGUUGCCUGUGCGGUUCGGGAAUCAUCUUCUUCCGGGAGAUAACAACUCAGUAUUUGAUCUUCUGUUACUAAUUUCAGAUUAAUUAUGACGAAUUGUAAGCUUUUAUUGUUCUCAUUGUAAAGGAAAGAGAAACUGUAACGCUGAUUUAUAUUUGGUAGAAAUUACCAUGCACCAGAAAGACUAUACUUUUAGCUCCAACAUUGCUUUUGCAAGCAAACACUUGUAUUUGUUGAUCAAUGGAACGCAGAAUUUUUUGAUCAAA